AUGUUAGAGGAGGCCGUGCUUGCUGGAAAGGCGGUGCAGUUGUGGGAGCUGCCAGCCUGUUUGCACGCGAACGAGCCGUUGCUGCGUGGGUUCUUCGCACGCCACUUUAACCGAACCGCCGCGGCUCGCAUAAAAACAGUGGUGUUCAGCAACAAUAGUCGGAAUGCCGCGGAGGGAAGGUCCGGUGACCCACCUCCAGUGGGGAGCGAGGCUACGGUUGAGUUCUUCGAACCCGAGGGGGUUGAGUUGGUGCUGUCCCGGAUCAUCCAGCACGAGCUCCUGGAGCAGGACAAGCCCCACCAUCUGGAGCUGAGGCGGGGGUUUAUUUAUUUGGGUCAAGACCGCAUGCUAGUGGAGGGCGUCGUGCAUCUCCUGCGGUCGUCAUCAGCGGGGGCUAAGGACCUGCGUGAAGGCAAUUGCUCUGCCGUGACGCGGGAAGGCGCAAAAAGGCCGGGCGCAAAGGGAGCCAGCCAUGUUGCUGCUGCUGCUGCCAGAACCCAUGCAACUGUCGACGACGCUGAUGAUAAGUGCAAGGGCGACGCAACUUUUUUUGGGGACUCUGGGGUGGCCAAUGGACUGGAUGAAGAGGAGGAAGAAGAAAACGUGGAGGCGGAAACGGAUGACGAGGAUCACGACAACGACAACGAUGAUGACGAUGAUUGUAGCGAUGAGGAUGGGGGUGAGGGAGCUGAAGACGCGCGCCAACGUGUAGGGAGAAGCGGCGGGCCCCAGCAACAAAUGCGCCCGGUGGGUGGGGUGGAUGCUGUGGUGCUCUGCAUGACAUUUGUGUGCGUAUUUGAUCUCCAUCAGCAGGGUGGUGGUGUUAGUCGGCCGCAUAAAGUCGAUGAGGCCGGCGUUGGCAUCACUCCGCACAUCGUAUUUCAGCUCUUGCGGGGGACCUGUUUUGUCAGGAAGAUUGUCAUAUUUAACCGCGAGGCUUCGCUCGAGAGCGGCGGCGCUGCGAAGCGUCGCGUAGUUCGCGCCCUCGUUGAGGUGGGUGCGGAAGAGGAUGCACAGAGGGUGGAGGAGGAGUUUCACGGAAAAAUUCUGGAAUUGACACGUCCAGGGCCGCGGGGGCAUGAGGUGGAGUACCGUCACCGCAUAUACGCGCGGUACAAGGACGACCCGCACACGCACCGGCAGCUUGCUGUGCCACUAAACACACAAACGGCGCUCAGCGUCACACCGCGGAACAUUGCCAUGAUGGGUCCUGUGUUUCAGCGACAGCGAUGUGACCGUGAGACAUCUGAGAGGAGUGAAGUGGUGCGGGAGGCCCUCGACGAGUAUGGUGCAGCAGCCCACAGCAGGCAACAGGAGCAGCAGCAGCAUCAGCACCAGCAUUUCCAUCACCGAGGGGAUGACGUCAUGGUAAGGGGUAGUGAUAAUAAUGGGGGAGGUCAGGUCCGCAAUAAAAGAAGGCGUGAGCGAUCAAGUGGGGAGAGGUGUCGGCACCGCUCUAGGCGGCGGUUACACGACCGAGAGGAUUCGGAAAAACGCCGCCGUUCCAGUCGUGAGCGUCACAGCCACCGUCAGCAGGGGGCCCAUGAGGAUGAGGAGAGGCGGGGCGAGCGCAAAGGGGUGCCCGCCGUGGCGGACAACGCCAUGCAACACUCAGCGAGUACGGCCAGCAGCACGUUCGAGCACCACCACCAACUCUGGCAACAGUGGCAGCUGCAAAAACAACAAGAGUUGGAACUACAGAAGAAAGCUCAGCAGUAUGGCUCUUUACAUCUUUCCCCUCAUGAGGGUUUGGGGGCUGCUGUGACGCAGACCCCUGGCGUGCAGUACCCACUGCCCCCCGGAUGGCGAGCCAUCUACUCCGAUGAACAUAGGCGAUACUACUACGUGCACCGCGACCCGGUGACAGGGGCGGAAUUAUCUGCUUGGACGAUAACACACAUACCAUGA